AUGGUGACAACCGCUGGUCACGGCACUGGGGAGCCUACUCCUCAGGCGCAGAGCAUCGCUCCCUCGGAGGUGUCAGCCGCGCUGCCCGGUUCCAGGACCGCCAGGAGGCUGGUUGCUGACCCCACCCGUUUCAAGACCUGGAAAAUUGACGCCGACGUCUCCCGCUCGCCCGCAUGUUGCGUCCUCGUCUGCGAUUCCUCGACUGAACUGACGCUCCGGGUGGGACAAUUAUAUUCUCCCACAGCCCCUGGCACCUGCGAGACGACCAUGGCUUCCUUGUCCGCCCUCCCCCAACCAUCCCGGCCAUCAACAAACCCCCCGACCGGGGCUCUUCCACCUCUACCCACCCCCAAACCCAGGAAAAGCACCCCGGCCCCCGAGGGCCCCCGAGCCGCAUCGCCAUACCAACCGUCGAAGCUACGGACGCCAUCCAGUCCCAGACCACCCUCACUCGCCCGGUCUCCGCUCGCAACGUCGAACUCAACGUCCAAUCUGAGCUCGGUCCGCUCCGUAUCGAGUGGCCGGACCCCGAGCAGCCCCGACAAGACUCUCCGCCGAACAAUCAGUAUUGCCUCUUUCCCACAGCCCCCCAAGGCCGGCAGCCGCCCAUCCACCGCCGCAUCGUCAGUAUCGGCGAUUCAAGGUCCCACUUCAUCGAAACCAAAGCGGAGCUCGCGGCUCAGCACCGGCACGACCAGCAGCUACCGCAGUUCCAAAACUCCGUCCCUACUCAAUGGAAGUGCAGAUGGGAAGUCAAUCCUGGCAGAUGCACGGGAUCCGGAAGCCUCGCCGUCACACAGUAGGAGCUCUUCUGCCCAGGGUUCGUGUUCCACUAGUGCAACGACGUUCGAAGACACAGAAGAUGCGGCGGGUACUGUCAAGGGCACCUCGAAACUGAAAGAGUCCAAGGGCAACGUUAUUGUCAGUGUUCGCGUUCGGCCCGAUACCAGCAAUGGGGGCGAGACACCGCGCAAUCAUGGCGAGUGGUCGCUAGAUGGGCGUCGGAGUCUGAUCUCCCACCGCGGCAAAGAUGGAGGCGAUUACUAUUAUGACAAUGUUUUUACACCACAGGAGAACAACGCCAAAGUAUAUGAUUCGGCUGCGAAACGCCUGGUGCGACGGGUCAUGGAAGGAUACCAUGGCACGGUCUUUGCAUACGGCAUGACUGGCACCGGCAAGACUUUCUCGAUGCAAGGAACUGCCACAUCUCCGGGUGUGAUUCCACUCGCCAUUACUGAUAUAUUUUCCUUCAUUCGAGAAACCCCCCACCGAGAGUUUCUGCUUCGCGUGAGUUAUCUGGAGAUCUAUAACGAGAGAAUUCACGAUCUUCUCUCCACGCCGGUUGCCAAUGGUGUUGCGGUACCUCAGCAGGAGGAGAUCAAGCUACGCGAAGACAGUAAACGGGGGGUGUAUGCGACGCCGCUGAAGGAAGAGAUUGUGCAAAGCCCGACACAGCUCCUGCGGGUGAUCGCGAGAGGCGAUCAUGCCAGACGAACCAGCAGCACGCAGUUCAACGCGCGCAGUUCUCGAAGUCAUGCGGUCGUUCAAAUUGUCGUCGAGAGUCGAGAGCGAGUGCCUUCUGGUAACUCGCAGGACAAGCGGGCUGGCAUCGCACCUGGCGGCGUUCGGGUGUCGACGCUGAGCUUGAUUGAUCUUGCUGGUUCGGAGCGCGCGGCAGACGACAAAGAGCGCCGCACCGAAGGAGCCCAUAUCAACAAGAGUCUGCUCACAUUGGGAAACAUUAUCUCGAAGCUUUCGGAGAACAAGGACAAGCAAGGCAAUGCGAUGGAUCGGGAUGGCAGGCAUUUGCCAUACCGUGAUUCCAAAUUAACGAGAUUGCUCCAGCCGGCUCUGUCAGGAAACUCCCUGGUAAGUAUUCUCUGCACGGUUCAGUUGGUCGUUGGCAUCAACGCCCAUUCUGGCGAAACUCUGAAUACCUUGAAAUUUGCUGCGCGAGCGAAGAACAACAUUGUCAGCCAUGCAAAGAAGGCCGAGGAGGCAUUUGGCGGUGGAAAUGGGGAUUCUGGCAGUCGAGUGCUCCUUGAGCGCUAUCGGAUGGAGAUCCAAGCUCUGCGCGGUCAGCUUGAUACCCAAGCCAAGGCGCAGGCGGAGAAAGAGCUCAAGUGGGAUGAGCAACAGUUUGAAAAGGAGGCCCAGGCUCGCCAUGAGGAGCAGGUGUUGGAGAUGCAACUGGCGCGGACGGCUCUGAAAGAACGAAUUGAGCAUCUGAAUCGGUUGAUUCUGAGCUCCAAGUCAACCGGUGUGAACAAUCAUGGUAGCCUCGCCUCUGCAUUCGGCCGGCUUUCCAGAAUGUCCACCACAGAUUCUGGAAGCCGCUCGCUCCGUUCAUCAGCCAGCCAGUCUACCCUAGGGGCUGCCCAUUCAUCCAUCCGGCCCAUUUCGUUCAUGUCGGUCAACAGCAGUGAGCCUUCGGGGGCGAUGCCAUUUUCCGGUGGGUCAUUUGGCCACGAAGAUGAGGACGAUUUGGGCGAGUUUGGCGAUGGCAAGGCUAGCCUGCAGCGGCAGGUGACAGCCUUGCAAGCUGACCUGGGCGACAAGAAUCGAUACAUCUCCACGUUGGAGCGGCGCCUGCUUCAGGCCCGUCGCUCGAGCCAUUCUCGAAUGUCUGUGGGGGUCAAAUCAAACGCACCAAGCACCGCCACUAUCGCCGAGCAUCCGGACAUGGCGGCCUUACUUCGUGAGAAGGAUAUGGAGAUCAACGAGCUCCGCAUUCAACUCGAUGACAAAGAUCGGAUGCUGGCUGCACUCCGAUCGGCAGCCCGGCAUCGCGAUCUGGCUGCGGUGACCGGCGACUCGCAGUCCCCAGAACUGAAAACUAAGGCGGAUUCGACGGCUUCCGGGUCCGACAGCCCUCAGGCCCAGGGCCCUAGCGAUGGGAACGACAAGACUGCGAGUCUGGCUGGGCCUGCUCUUUCUGGGAAGGCCAGUGAGAGAGAAGAGGACCGGAGGAAGAAUAUGGACGAGGUAUCCAGGAUGCUCGAUGAAAUGAUCCAGGGUCGGGUUGAGAGCGGCCAUCUGGACCGGAGCUCUCUCGGGUACUUCAAGAACAUCUCAAGCGAUAGCCGUCGAGUUUCGAGCUCGGCUGAGGUGGCCGGGUUGGCUCCUACUGCAUCGGUCCCGGUGGAAUCAAUUCCAGGCUCUCCCCCAGGUUGA